AAGAAGGAUGCACACUAGCCUGUACACUGGUCUGCAAUGGUGGAGGGGGUAGGUUGAAAGAGGUUUUCAGUCUAUAGAGUCUUAUGGUGGGGGUCCUCUUCGAGUGGAGUGGUCCGUUGUUGAAGAUUCCGCUCGGAGUCCAUCAGGUGCAGAGUGGGAUUCAGGCGGUCCCCUCUGGGUCCGGUCUGGUGGGGUCGGUGUACUGGUGAUGGCCCAUGAUGUGCUUGACAUAGGUAUCGUGGGACCAACCAGCGGUGUCAGAAACCAUGAGGUGGUGGAUCAGCUUGGCGUAGCGGUGGGAGACGCAGCAGGCAUGCAGGAUGCUCUCGUUGCUGGGGUCUCAGACUCUGAGCAUCCCUACGAUGACCACGUCGACCGUCAUGUCGUAGCUGUAGCCCCUCAGGAUGUUGGCCAGUGGGGCGUACUUCUCCUGCUUGCGAGCCUGGGCAUCACUGAAGGCUUGGCACCAGUUCUCGAAGGAUGUUACCAAGCUGACACCUCUCUCACCAGAAGUCAUCAGUAGACAAGCUACAAUUAAUAUAGGUACAAUUGGCCAUGUGGCUCACGGAAAGUCAACUGUAGUCAAAGCUAUAUCUGGAGUUCAUACUGUCCGAUUCAAAAAUGAACUGGAAAGAAAUAUCACUAUCAAGCUGGGUUAUGCCAAUGCUAAGAUCUACAAACUUGAGGAUCCCAGCUGUUCCCGACCAGAGUGUUACCGGUCUUGUGGAAGUAGCACACCAGAUGAGUUCCCUACAGAUAUUCCUGGGACCAAAGGGAACUUUAAAUUAGUCAGACACGUCUCUUUCGUGGAUUGUCCUGGUCAUGAUAUCUUGAUGGCUACUAUGCUGAACGGUGCGGCAGUCAUGGAUGCAGCUUUGCUGUUGAUAGCUGGUAAUGAGUCGUGCCCUCAGCCCCAGACCUCUGAACAUCUAGCUGCUAUAGAAAUCAUGAAAUUGAAACACAUUCUAAUUCUACAGAAUAAGAUUGAUUUGGUAAAGGAGAGCCAGGCUAAAGAGCAGUAUGAACAGAUUCUUUCUUUUGUACAAGGCACAGUUGCAGAAGGUGCUCCCAUUAUUCCAAUCUCAGCACAGUUGAAAUACAACAUUGAGGUAGUUUGUGAAUACAUAGUAAAGAAAAUUCCAGUCCCUUUGCGAGACUUCACAUCUGAACCAAGGCUUAUUGUAAUUAGGUCUUUUGAUGUCAACAAGCCUGGAUGUGAAGUUGAUGAUCUUAAAGGUGGUGUAGCUGGUGGUAGUAUUCUAAAAGGAGUACUAAAGGUGGGCCAGGAAAUUGAGGUCAGACCUGGUAUAGUCUCCAAGGACAGUGAAGGAAAACUCAUGUGCAAGCCAAUCUUUUCCAAAAUUGUGUCCCUUUUUGCAGAACACAAUGAUCUACAGUAUGCUGCUCCAGGAGGCCUAAUAGGUACUGGUCAUUUUUUUUUUUUUUUAACGAGGAGGGGUUUUUUCCUUGUGCUUCUUGUAUUUCAAAACCUUUGAUUUUUAUAUACCUGU